GCGUUAAGUUUAAAGUACAGCGGUGGUGUCUCUCUGAAGGAAAAGUCGGAAGUUGUGAAGUACCAUUUGCCAAUUUUUAAAAGCAGAAUAAGGAUCUUAUUCUUCAGAUCAAUUCAAUGGAGGAACUUCGAUUACAUACUUGUCCAACAAGAUAAGUAGAAUAAUUACAUAAUCAAUGUUCCAAAAAUCAUAAUCUUCUUCUUCUUCUUCUUCUUCAUCUUCGUUUGUUUAAUGUGCCAAGCUUCGGAGCUUAAAUUUAUCUGAUCAGAUAGACAAGUUGAAAUAGAAAAUUUGUUUAAUCCACUGAGAAGAAGAAAGAGGGAAGAUGCUGAUGCUGUGGUUACUAGUGUUUGUUACUGGAUUUUCUGCUGGGGCACUCGCUGUUGUUGCCUUGGAAGCUUUAGGUGUCUAUGUCUUCUUUAAACGAUUGAAUCGCAAGAUUCGACAAGAACAGGCCAAAUUAUCAAAUGAGUCUUCUCAUAAAGAUCUUGAUCACCGACAGUCCCUUGAUUACUUUUAUAACAAGAAGGGAUUUGUCUGGGUUCUAGAACCAGAUAAAGUUCCCAAAAAUUGGGCGGUGGAAAAAAUUCCAAAGGAGCAAAAGAAGAAAAAGGAUGUCUUUGAGGUUAAUCCUGUUAAGAAACAUGCAAAAAUCAAAGAUCGAUGUCUUAUUUUGACAGAUUCAAAUGGUUCCCCUGCAACUUUUCCGUUAAAGGGUUGCAUUGUAGAAGCUGUUUCCGCUACAGACCUUUCUUCGAGAAAAUGGGCCAAAAGAUUUCCCAUAAAAGUGGAAAGCAAGACUUCAGUGAUAUAUAAUGCAAGUAAAACAGUUUACAUUUAUCUUGAGACAUCUUGGGAGAAAGAGUCUUGGUGUAAAGCCCUCCGUCUUGCUUCAUGUGAUGACGAAGGAAAACUUAACUGGUUCACCAACUUGAGUGAAGAAUUCCACUGUUAUUUGGCAUCCUUAAAUACAGGAUACCCUUCAUUUAUGAAACCCUCAGCAGGGUUCAAUGCUGAGCCACUAGAUAGGGUGACUAAGCUUGAUGGUUCUGCAUCAAAGGUUCGCUUGUUUUUUAAAAAGCUUGCCAGAAAGGCUUCAAAGACCAGUAUAGAGAAUAGGGGAACUUUCUCACUAGGCCAUGAAGAGAAAAAGAUUAAUGACAAGAGUCACUCAUUCCAAGAUCCAAGUUUGAGCACUAGCUUGGUAAAAACUGCUCUAACAUCAAAGGCAUUACUGAGUUCUGAGGAAAAUAUGUUAGUAUUUCCGUCAUCCACCUCUUCUUGCUCAGCAAGCCAAAACCCUGUUUCUGUUGUUUCUGAAGUGGAUUCUGAUGACAAGUUCAAUAUUGAUGAAGGAACACUCUGUUGGAAUUUGCUUUUUUCUCGGAUUUUUUUUGAUGCCAAAAGCAAUGCCAAGAUAAAGAGUUCAGUGCAAGCACGGAUUCAGAGAACAUUGUCCAAUAUGAGGACGCCCAAUUACAUCGGUGAAGUUGUAUGUACGGAUAUAGGCCUUGGGAGUCUUCCACCUUAUAUCCAUGGCAUAAGAGUACUUCCUAUGGACAUGAAUGAGGUAUGGGCAUGGGAAGUUGAGGUUGAAUAUUGUGGGGGGCUUGUGCUAGAUAUUGAAACAAGACUGGAAGUUAAGAAUCUCCAAAAGGAUAUGGUGGACGCAAACUCAGAAUCAAGCUCUGUUGGGGAUGUGUCUUCAGACCUUCUGGAAGGAUUUGAAUAUUUUGGAGAACAGCUGAAUCUUUCAGAAGGGACCGCUGAUGCACAAGAGAGGAGGAAUGAAGGAGAUCAUAAACUUGAUGGGUUAAAAAAUUCGAGAAGUUAUUCAUCAACAUCAACUAAUGUGUCUAGGUGGAAGUCCAUUCUUAAUUCUAUAGCAAAACAGGUUUCGCAGGUACCUCUCUCUUUGUCAAUAAGAGUUGCAUCCCUUCGUGGAACACUGCGUUUGCAUGUAAAGCCACCUCCUUCUGAUCAGUUAUGGUAUGGAUUCACAUCUAUGCCUGAUAUAGAUUUCGACUUGGAGUCAUCCGUUGGGGAUCACAAGAUUACUAGUACACAUAUUGCUUUGUUCUUGAUCAAUCGGUUUAAGGCUUCCAUCAGAGAAACUAUGGUGCUUCCAAACUGUGAAAGCUUAUGCAUUCCCUGGUUGUUGGCUGAAAAGAAUGACUGGGUACCGCGGACAGUUGCUCCUUUUAUGUGGCUUAAUAGAGAAGCCACUAGUGACCAUGCCACUGCAUGUGAGGCUCCUGUCUCCCAACCCGAUGAAGCAAAACCCAAGGAAGAUUCUCACAGGAAAGCAUCCAAUUAUGAUCCAGAAAGCAAGCAUUUAAAAACAAAGAACACUGAAUGCACUCAGCAAUCAAUUUCUGAUUCUUCUAAUACCUUAGAGAGCUCAAUGAGCUCCAACAAGUCAUCAAUACAAAGCAGCAAAACUUUGCAAGAACUAACAAGUCCUUUAUUGGCAACUUAUGAACCACAAGGCAUUUCCCAACAAAGUAGAGGUUGUAUGUCAGAGCGUCGAUCACUAUCUAGGUCUGUUACACAGGCAGAGAACCAGAAUCAUGCUGUUGAAGGAGAUGAAUCAAGAACGAAGAGGAUGGGAAGAAGAGCAAGGAUGCUGGAUCUGGGGAAGAAGAUGGGAGACAAGCUUGAAGAGAAGAGACGUCACAUUGAAGAAAAGGGCAAGAGCAUUGUUGAGAAGAUGCGUGGACCAUGAAACUGCCAAAAGGAGUGCUUGGACAUAAGCAGAACUGGUAGCUAAUGCCAUUGACAGAUACAGGAGUGGAGGCACUCAUCAAAUUCAAUAGAUGAUCAUGUAUAAUAUUAUAGGUGCUAAACUUCUUUUUGAUUUAGAAUUGGCAAAGCCCUAUUGAGCUCCUAUUCUUCAGUGAGAUACUAUUAAGUCUA